UAGAAAGUGUUGCGCGCGCGUUUUUAUCUCGCGUGACAAGGACGAGCCAGCCAGACGGCAUGUCGGCAGCUCAAGAAUUCUGACAUUAACGUGACAACAAUUUUUGAUUAGAAGGAGAAAUAAAAUAACACAAAAUUGCUAAUGAAUAAACUGUGAAAAGUACUCAGAAGCGCAAAAGUUAUAAAGAAUAUUUCGGAAGCGCAAACCAAAGCCAACUUUACUAACAACAUGAGAAACAUGAGCUUGGAAUUGUUGCUGAGUCCGUUCCUCUUUGCCGUUUUGUUGUCAAGCGCCCACGCGCGCAUCGGCUACUUUUGGCACAUAACCGAUCUGCAUUUGGACACCAUUUAUUCCAUGGAGGGUGAUGCCCGCAAGAGCUGUUGGCAGCUGCCGCGCUCAGGCGGCGCCUCCAAUGGCAUGUCUGUGGCCGCCGCCUCCUCACCCGAAACGCCGGGAGCUUUUGGCGACUACCAUUGCGAUAGUCCGUGGAGUCUCAUCGAGUCGGCCGUGAAGACCAUGAAGGCCAAGCAGGGUGACAAUGUGGAAUUUGUGCUCUGGACAGGUGAUGCGCUCUCGCACUCCGCCCAGCCCCUCUCUGAGCUGAAGCAGCAUGAGAUUUUACGCAACAUUACGGAGCUAUUGGGACGCUCCUUCUCUUCGCAGUUCAUUUUUCCCGUUCUCGGCCAUGAGGAUGGCACUCCACACAAGUACAAGCAAAUGGGCGAGCUUUGGCGGCAUUGGCUGCCCAGCGAGGCGCUUCUAACUUUCGAGCAGGGUGGCUACUAUUCCAUCGAGCAGACAAAGAGUCGUCUGCGUAUUGUUGCCCUGAACACGAACUUUAUGCGGCACGAUCCGAAGGUGCCGCAGGCUAAUGGGAAUGGCAUACGCUGGCCAGCAGAGUACUACACUGAGCCCAGAGCUUCGAGCAGUGCUCAGGUCCCCGAUGAGGAUCUGCAGCAAGCCGAGCAGCAAUGGCUUUGGCUGGAGGAGGUGCUCACCAAGUCGCGCAACAAGCAGGAAACGGUUUACAUCGUUGGUCACAUGCCGCCGGGCGCCGAUGAACGCCAUCUCGGACCGCAACACAAUGGACAGCUGACCUUUACGGAACGCAAUAAUAAAAGGUAUCUCGAGCUGGUGCGCAAAUAUGCUUCGGUCAUUCAGGGUCAGUUCUUCGGACAUCUGCACUCGGACACCUUUCGCAUUGUAUACGACGAGCAUGGUACGCCCAUUUCCUGGCUUAUGAUUGCGCCCUCAAUUGCACCACGCAAGUCGGGCAUUGGAUCAAAUAAUCCAGCGCUCCGUCUCUACAAAUUUGAUACGGGCAAUGGUCAGGUGGUGGACUACACCCAAUACUGGAUGGAUCUGCCGCUGGCCAAUCGUGCCAAUGAACCCCUCUGGUUGCCCGAAUACAACCUCACCCACUAUUAUGCACUCAACGACAUAUCAGCAAUCGCCUUGCACAAUUUUGCCGAGCGUUUCACCGGCAGCGAUACCUCGUGGUUUAGCAGAUAUUACCGUGCCAAUGCCGUGCGCCACCAAUCUGGUUCGCCCUGUCUGGGACUGUGUAUGCUCAAUCAUUACUGCGCCAUCACACGUCUGGACUACGAUGAGUUUCGUCAGUGCCUGGAGACGGAGCAGCUAUCCUUGCACAGCCAUGCGGCCAUUGCGGCUCUGAGCAGCUGUUGUGCCCUUUUCUCGCUCUGUGUGGCGCUCAGUUUCGUCUGCUGCUGGCACUACACUCUGCCCUGGAUGCUCCACAUGCUGGACACGUCAGCUACAACAACAACAACAACAACAGCAACGACAACAUCAACACCAACAGCAACAGCAACAAACAUGGACUACGAUGGGCAGUGUGAGGUUGCGCCCACCGAACCCAAUGCGGGCUUUAUUACAGCCAUACCGGGCCUGUUGCUGCCCGCACCGAAUAUGAGAAUGGGCGUCCGAUCGAGGCGCCAAAGGAUGUCCCAAUUAGCGAAUUUAUAAGCAUACUACUCCAUGCAGGCUCAUUUUCCUAUAUACACAACUAUAUAUAUAUAGAU